AUGCAUUCUCUAAUCAAUAGCAUCCAUGCCGCCUACGAGGAAUUCAUCGACCUUUGUCAGACUGUGAACACGGAAGCUGCCAAGAAAGCUCACAGGCAGCGUCAACUGCAACUGCAUCAACAACAAUUACAGCAGCAGUCACAACCCUCAACUCAGGCGCAAGCCUCGGGUAUGGCUUCAGUCUUUUCGGAGCAAUUAAUUUCUACUGCCUAUCACCAAUAUGCAACACCAAGCAGUCUGCAUGGUCUCUCUGGAAUGCCAUAUUCAACACCUGAUCUGCUCAACGGGCAUAUACAACACUCCGCUUACUAUCGCAUUCCUCCUAGUGCUGGCCGUCCUUCAAAACCCGGUCGUUUGACUAUGGACCGCGACCUUCUGGCUGCUGCGGCCACGGUUGGCACUCCAGCUCCGGCGCCGACAAGUGCGGCCCUCUACCCAGGCACUGCAGGUGGCUGGGAACCGAUGGCCGUUGCCCAGGGUGACACUAGCCAGCUACCGCCUCCAUCGAUUCUCGUGAACCCACCAAUUCUUAUUCCCCCUCCGCCGCCUGUUAUCGGGCCUGAUGGUAACAUUAGUGUCGUGCCUACUGCCACGUGGCAGGCUAGCGUUGAUUCAUACGCUUAUUACUACAGUGGUUCAGGUGCCCUUCCCUCAGCCACAGCCAACGUUGGUACUGCAGCUCAACCUAAUUCGGUAACCGUUCCUACUGGCGUCCCUGGUGCGACUGUUGUUGCUGCAGCAGCAUUAGUUUCUGGAGUGCCCGGAGCUCCUACUAACAACCUUCCAAUUGACUUUGCCAGUCUGCCUCCUCCACCCCCCGCUCCCCCUCUUAGCCUGACGCCCUCAAUCCCUAUUUUGGUGACUGCCGGUGGCACUGUGGUACCUACAGCAGUGCCGCCUCCACCUAUCUCGUUGCUUCCUUCGGUUUCUGGUAAUGAGUAG